AUGCUAUAUUGUCCAUUCCAUUCUGAUAGAAUCUACACAGUGUUGCGUGCCAUAAAACAGACCCAGGUGUCAGUCAGUCGAGUCCACAGAUCCAUAGAAGAUCGCUUGUUAUCCUCACAGGAAAAGUCUCAGAAGUUGUGCGAGAGAGAAGCCACACUACUCAAGGUGAGACAACUCCGCAGUGAGCUGACCUGGCAGACGACACGCCUACAAGCUGACCAUGAGGAUUGUGACAAAGUCAAGCAAAAGUACCAGACAGCUAAAAAUCAGUUGGAUGAAAAGUUUACCCUUCUGGAGAAGGAGCGAACACAUCUUACAGAUAGGAAAAAGCGCAAUAAUCAGACCAGGGAGAGUUUGAUCAAAGAGAAUGCCCAGCUGUGGAUCAGACGGAAACAGCUAACUGGAGAGCUAGCUACAAAUGUCUACCCGAUUACGGAGAGCAAAAAAUCUGAGCAAAAAUGUGAUCUGUGCGUUUGUGGUGUCAAGUUACCAAACUCUGAGGAGUUUCAAAGUCAAGAAGAUAUGAUGGUAUCGGUUUCCCUUGGUUAUGUAUGUCACAUGGUCAUGAUGUUGUCCGACAUUCUUGACAUUCCAUUGAGGUAUCCCAUGAUUCACAACGGUUCAAGAUCGCUCAUCCGUGACCACAUUCACACAAAGUUAUCGGAAAAGGAUCGGGAAUUUCCAUUAUUUUCAAAAGGAAAAGAAAAGUUUCAAUUUAAUUACGGAGUUUUCCUUUUGAAUAAAAACAUAAGCCAGUUACGAUAUUACUGUGGUUUAGGAACCACUGAUCUACGACAAACUCUCAACAACAUCAAAUCCCUCCUGGAACUGCGGUUAGGUGUUAGAUUAGAUACACCUGGAAUUCGUAGGAUUGGAACAGGAAGUGAGGGAAAGGAUCGGAGUGUGUAUGAUUUUGAUCGCACAGACACACAAAGCUCUCUAGCAUCGGGAGGGAGAUUUAGUCUACCUGAUAGUACCGACAUGGCUACUCUUGAUGUGACAUCUAGAGAUAAUAGGAACAAUCAUUCCCCUGGAGAUGAAUGUCAAAGCAGUUCACAGAUAGAUUCUUCAGAAACCAUUGGUACCAGGUCAGAGAAACUUCGAGACGAAGAGGUAGAAGAGAUUUUCAGACCGUCAGAAGACCAUUUCUUUAAAAUAUCAAAUCCUGUAUCUGAACAACUGGACAUGUUCAAUGAUAUAAAUGUGAUUAAUGAAGAUUUUGGACGUUUUGAAAUGAUAAAUGAAGAUAGUGUUAUAUCUCGUGACCUCGUAACUGAAGAUGGAAGGGAAAGAGAAGAGGUUGAUAGUGCAAUAUCAGGCGAACCAAAUGCGAGUCAAAUAAAGGGAGAUAACUCUGUUACGAGUGGUGUAGAAGAUUUAUCUUUCAGUAAUCAGGGACCAAAAAAGGGGAAACAAGUGCUACAUAUUGACAGUGCUAAUUUGAGAGUUGGUGUAGGAGGGGACAUCACUCUGCAUAAUACAGGAACUUUAAACCAACUUGAUGACGAACCUGCAAAUUCUGCAGGUGAUGUUUGUGAUAAAAUAGACAUGAAGAAGGAUGUUAAUUCUCAAGACAAGGGGGAUAACUCCUCUGGGAGUAAUGCAUCGGAAAUGAGCAAUGAACAUCAAACAGACGUCCUACCGUGUUCUAGUACAUACUCCAAUGACAAAUGUGAUUCAGAACUUUUAACGCAGGUCAAUUCAGUUGGUAUAUCAGGAUUCCCUGAAAGCGUUGGUCAAACAUCAUCUGUAUUACCAAGGGAUAGUUCCACUGACUCGGAUUCUUCUGAUAACUUCAGGUCAUUUAAGACCUCUGCAUUCAAACAUUCCAAUGACCUUGUUGUUAAUCAAGUUGACAGUGAUACUAAGUCAUAUGAAAGCUUAAAUAGUGGUAGUAGUCCACAAGAAGCCCAUAUAGAAAGGGAGGCAACCUGUUCUUGAUGUUGGAUAUAUUUUGUUAAUAUAUACAUGUAGAUGAAUUGGAAAAUAAUUUAUAGAUGCCAUACUGCAAAAGUCACCAAAUAGAAUUUGAAUUAUUAUUAAAUAAGGCACGGUGAAGCCUGACUUUACUGACACUGUAUGGGACCGAGUCAGUGUGUCGGAUAUGAGAGUGUGUCGGUAAAAACAGUGGGGCAUGUCACCAUUCUGGUGGAUAUGGUUGGAUGUUACAAGAUGUCAUUAAACUCAGUGGUCAGUAAAGUCAGGUUUCACUGUAAUUUGUGGUCAGUAAAGUCAGGUUUGAAAUUUGAAGCCUUCCUGUGAACAAAUCAUAAUGGUUUUGUGAUGUAUUUUAAAAUAAUUAUACAUAUAAGACUUUUUUCUGUAAUAAACUUCAAUAUAAUUGUUAAGCAAAAUACUUUAGUUUUCUUAUGAAGUAUGAAUUAAAUCUUGAUUUUUCAAAACGUUUCCUCUGUAAGUGAAAGAUAAAUAUCUAAGCUUGAAAGAAAUGAAACAGGAAAAAACCUUACAAACACAAUAAUGACAUGCAGCUGGUAUCUGGUGUUUCCAGUGAUAAGAUGUGAUAAGGUUCUGGGUACUCGAGAUUUCUUCCUUACAAACAUGCAUGCCUCCCCUAAGGUCUGCAAAGGUAAUUAAUUAUAAUGCAUAUACAGUAUUGAUAAAAGGUUUUAUUAUUAUUAUUUUUUUUAUGAUGUAACAAUAUCUAUUGAAACACUUGGUUAAUGAUAUGUAAGAAUCAAAUGGAUGUGUAUUAAUUGGUAAUAUCUUCAGAGAAUUUAAUUGACAGUACAGGUACAGAUGCAUAUUGUUCACUCAUUAGCUUUACACACCAGAAAAUUAACUGUAUUCAGAGUCAGUCAAGAUAAUAAAGAUGAAUUCUGUAAAAAAAACAAAACAUGGCCUCAUCUACCGUUUUGACUUCUCAUAAAAACCAGACUGUUAAUCUUGUAUUUCAGUAUACAAUGUACCAUUAGGAUUUCUAUUGGACUUAUGAGCUUACAGGCCUAUGAAAAGUAAGGGUUAUAAGUGAGACUGUUUGAAGUAAAACCUUUGUUGUGUCACUAAGUUACCAUAUGUCUGUUUCUUUUUCGAAAAUAUAAACUCAAUUAAGUAAGAAUAGUUUAUGAAUCCAAUUUAACAGCAUUCUGAUCUGUCAGAGUUAUUUCCCUUUGUUUCACUUCGUCAGUAAGGUAUAGUGACAGAUUGUCAGCCGAUGGGGGCCAAAAAUGAUAUUACAGAUGUGUUUCAGAAUUAUGCAACCAUGGUGAACUUUUAUGUUACCAAAAUUAGGUAAAACAUCUGUAUUUCAACUUAACAUGAUAUACCAUAAUUGUAAGGGUCCCAUUGUUAUUGCAGAAUUCAAGAUAUAUUUAUCAUAGAUUUAGCAGUGAUAUAAAUUUGUAAACUAAUCAUCGUUUUCGUGCAAUAUUUAUAUCAGAAAAUCAAUUUUGAAAAUUGGACAUGGCAUGCGAUGAGUAAGUAGAAUGGUGUAUGAUAAUUGUGAGUAUAAUUUGUGUGUUAAUCAUUAUUCUUAAGGAUGCUACCACUUUACCUAAAAGCUGGCAUUUAAAUUAGUGUUAUCUCCCUUGAAAACUUGGGAAACAAAGUAAAAAGAUUUAAUAACAUGCUUUCAAACAAAUUUUACUGACAACAAUGAAAUUAUUCAUUGUUAUUUUAUAAAAUUGAUAAAUUAAUUAUCAUAAUAAAUAUUAAAGCAUUAAAUGAUGGUGUUGUAUAAUUAGUAUCUAAAUGUUGUAGAACUCUACUUCAAAAAGAGCUUUAAGUCACAUAUACUGUAUAAUGUAGCAUACAGCCUUAAGUUUCAUUGUCAUAUAAUAAUAUUGUCUAAGUCUUCAUGUCAUAGAAAGGUAGCAUAAACCCUUAAGUCUUCAUGUCACAGUAAGGUAGCAUAUACCCUUAAGUCUUCAUGUCACAGAAAGAUAAUAUAUACCCGUAAGUCGUCAUGUCACAGAAAGGUAGCAUAUACCCUUAAUUCUUCAUGUCACAGAAAGGUAACAUAUACCCUUAAGUCUUCAUGUCAUAGAAAGGUAGCAUAUACCCUUAAGUCUUCAUGUCAGAGUAAGGUAACAUAUACCCUUAAUUCUUCAUGUCAGAGUAAAGUAGCAUAUACCCUUAAUUCUUCAUGUCACAGAAAGGUAACAUAUACCCUUAAUUCUUCAUGUCAGAGUAAAGUAGCAUAUACCCUUAAUUCUUCAUGUCCCAGAAAAGUAACAUAUACCCCUAAUUCGUCAUGUCACAGAAAAGUAACAUAUACCCUUAAGUCUAUAUGUCUCUUUAUAAAAGGAUCAUGCAGCCAUACUACUAAUUAUGUACUGGUAAAUAGGUUUUGUGUGAUGAAGGGUUAUGUAAAACUGCAGAUAGAACAACUCAUUUUCCUUAAUAUACUGUGUAUCUAUUAUAAAUGUCAAAUCCAUCAUCAAAACUAGACGUGAUGACCAUUACUUAAUUGACCAACAUAUCUAAAAUUCAGUACCCUAAUUGUAUGUAAAUAAAUCACUGACCAUUAAUAUUUUACCCAGAUUGACAUUGUCUACUAACUUAUAUUGCAAAAUGACAACAGUAACAAGAGAAGCUGGACAGUAUUAACCAGACAAAUUAAACAGCUCAAAAACAUGACAUAAGUGUAUGACUUUGGCCCAUCUGCACAGAAUACAGUAUAUUAUACAUUUUCAAAGAUUUUAAAAUAUUUGUUCUGAAGCAGAAUCAAAUUAUAAUUUAAUCUUAUAAGACCAAUCAGUAGAGAGACCAACUUUUAAUUAAAAAGAAGAUGCAUAUAGUAUAUGCUCAAUGCAAUCAAUAUUUUAUGUUUUAAAAUACAAAAUGUCAUUUAUUUUAUCAGUUUAUACAAAAGGAAAAAGGGAACUCAGAAGCUAUCAAAUCGUAUUUUAAAUCUGUCUCCAGAAAAAAUGUCUCUGUGUAGAUAUUUGAUAAAAUGAGGCAUUAACUUAGUACAUACUUGGUAUAUAUUAAAGAGUGUUGUGAUGUUUAGCAUGUGACAACCAAAACUUUGAUGCAUCAACAAGUGUUGAUCAGCCAACAGUGGGUUAUUAUUAUUGAACUCAAACAUAUACACAGGGGCAUGAGAGGCAGACAUGGGGACAUGUUUCGGAUCUAUCCUGAUCAUAGGGACACGAGAAGCAGAUAUAGGUUGUAUAUUUUUAGGCCAUAUCUCGAUCUCAGGAACACCAGAAACAAUAAAAGGAUGAUUUUAAUGGACAGCUAUACAUUCAUUGGUGACUACUAUAUUUUUAAUCUGUCUAAACAUCUAAAACAUCAAGGGAUAAACUUAACCAGGACAAUUUUAACUUAUCUAAGCAAUGGUUUCAAACUUAGUUCUAAUAUUGACUCUCAUGCCCCUGUGCUAUAAUAAAGGUUAGUGAUGUAGCCCCACAUGUAUUUCACAUUCAUGUCCACAGAUAUAUUCGAACACAGAACUUUGUAUAUAAAAAUGAUUCAUUAGUGUAUUUUCUCAAUUCUUACCCUCACACGGGGUAAAAACAAGUACAUCUUGUAAUACGAAAUUAGGUAUUUAAUAUUUAAGAUAUAUGAAGAAUGUUAUUUUUACAUCAGAAUAGUUUUUGGUAAGACUGUAGAGAAAUAGAUUUUGUUGUCCUAUUAGAAUAAAGAACUUAACCCAAGAUUUUGUUCCCAACACAUAUAACUUUCUAAGUUCUAUACAGAGAAAAUUUGAAUACAUUGUACAGUGCAUCAAGAUUGGACCCUGAUUUAUCAAGGACUUGUGUUAUAUAUGAAUGUUUGUCUGGUGUGGCAGGUAUCAAGGACUUGUCUUAUAUAUGAAUGUUUGUAGCCGUCUGGUAUGGCACGAUUUCCGUUUCAGAGACCAGUCUUGUAAGUCAUUUUGAAAGGGGCCUACAAGUCUCUUGUGUUCAAAUAUUCUAGUGCUUAAACUUCAGUCGAGGCUUAACAAUAUUGGACUUGGGCAAGGCUAUGAAAGUGCUACAGUGUAAUAUAGUGCUAUAGAAGAUGUCGGCAUACCUCUAAGGGAAUCCAUGUAUGGUAUAUACAUGCUAUUUUCUAUUACUUGGCCUGCUGCCAUAGCGUUCCUAGCAUACUGUUAAAAACAAUAUCAAUAUCGAUGUGGUGCAUGUUGUCAAAAAAAAACUGAGAUCUCAUUUCCAAAUUGAAGCCUUUUCACACGAUUAAACAGUGACUCAUCCGAAACAUUUGUGUCUAGUUAGUGCCUAUUUAAUUAAUAGUUGAUUAAUCGAUAUUCAAGAUAUUUGCUGUCUGGGCGAAUACAAGUGUUGUUCAUGAAUCCAUUUACGUAAUCCAAUUUGUUGGUGGAAUUAAUCCGGUAUCAUUCGCUGCAUCACAUUCCUAUACUGAUUGUUAGUUGGUAACCAAAUAGGCUUCCAUGCCAAUAAAUUGAGAUGUUAGUGAACUUAUGACGUCAUAUAUUCCGUUAUGUAAAACAGGAUAAUAUGAUGACCGUGACGUCAUAGGUUAAAAAUGUCAAUAAAAUAGGUAGGAAUAUUUGUAUUGUUGUGACGUCAUAGGUUCAAAACGUCAAUAGAAUAGAAAGAUUGUUUGGUAUUGAUGUGACGUCAUAGGUUCAAAACGUCAAUUAAAAUAGAAAGAUUAUUUGGUAUAGGUGUGACGUCAUAGGUUCAAAACGUCAAUAAAAUAGAUAGGAUGAUUGGUAUCGACCUAACGUCAUUUUUCGCCAAUGAAUUCCAUAGUCUUAAGCUGGUGACGUAACAUAAUCUUCGCGUCAAUAAAUACAAUUAUAAUACUA